UACACUGGUCGUUGGAAAUGGCUGUGGUUUUUAUUUUGCUGAUUCUCGUGCUGGGUUUCGUGGGAUAUGUCGCCUAUGUGGUCCACAAGAAGGGCAUCGACCCCAAGGACAUCCGCAUCCAUAGCUUCCAGGACGCCAAAAAGCUGCUCCAGCCACCUCCAAGUGGAAAUGGACCCCACAAAUACCUGGAGAAGAGGGCAUGAGGUCUUGUUUACGGAAACUCACUUUUGGUCGGCGUGCUGGUUGCUCCAAGCGAUGUGUUGGCUCCGAAGAAGGACAUGGUGCGGAAUUCCCGAAGUCGAUAUGUUGGCAAAGAGUUAGUGGAGCCUUUCCUAAAGGCCGCUCGGCUUAAUCUCAGUUAAAUAUUAAUAAAAAUAGACUUAAUUCUAAUAAACGAAAAUUUUUGGCGCUUCUAA